GCCCGGCCCGGCCCGGCCCGGCCUGCGGAAAUAAAGUUUUGCGGGAAUGGAGGGGAAAAAGCUUAUUUCCGCAACAGACACACAAUAUUCUAGCGUGCUCCUUCAGUCUUUGAAUGAACAACGUGACCAUGGACUUUUUUGUGAUGUUACAGUCAUUGUGGAGGACCGGAAAUUUCGAGCUCACCGAAACAUCCUUUCAGCCUCAAGCACUUAUUUUCACCAGCUUUUCUCAGUGGCUGGUCAAGUGGUUGAACUGAGCUUUGUAAGAGCAGAAAUUUUUGCAGAAAUUCUUAAUUAUAUUUAUAGUUCCAAAAUAAUCAGUGUUCGAUCUGAUUUACUUGAUGAACUGAUUAAAUCAGGGCAGGAGCUGGGUGUUAAAUUCAUAGCUGAUCUGGGCAUACCUCCGGCCGAAGGCAAAAAUGUGCCAAGUGGGGUCAAAGACAGUGCUUCAGAAACUUCAGCUUCUAGUCCAAAUCAAAAAGAUGCUGAAACACAGGUAACUGUAAUCAGGCCAGAGGGUCAAGAGGCAACAGAUGGGAUGCCGGUUAUAACACAGUCAUUCUCCUUACAUGGCAUAGAAUAUGAGACUACAAAAAUUACAGUGAGCGAUUCGGAUGAUGAGGAUGAUGAUGUAAUUUUUUGUUCUGAGAUUGUUCCUCCAAAAGAAUGUACUAAAGACAAAAAUGCUGCAAGCCAGAACCAGCCUUGCUCAAGUCCAGCUGGAGCUUCUGACCAAAAAUCCUGUGGCAAUGGUGGCUCUCCCCAUUUGACAAACACCACAGCAGCUCAGAACCUCACGUUGUCUGCCAGUCAGCUAAGCCCAAACCAAACACAACCAGGUGCUGAAUCACGCGUCCCAGCAACACCGCAGCAUUUUACUCCUAAUAUCAUUGUGCUAAACAAGCCUCUGCUUAAUUCAUCACUUGGUGCCAGCUCCUUGCAUCAAACACAUGUGACUCCUACAAUUAAUUUACUUGAGGAGAACCAGCAGCCAUCCAAUAAUGGCUACGUAACUGAAGUGGAAGCAACUGCUGUUGAUGAUGAUGAGGUUAUUGAAGAUGAUGUCGAUAUCGUUAGCUCCUCUAGUCCUGGUUCGGUCAGCAGCAGCUCUUUGGUUCAGCAGCCUUCUGUUCCUAAGGCAGCGAGCACUGAAGGAUCAGGUGUCCAGAAAAAACAGGUUGUUACAUUUCCACAGGAGCCAUCUGCUAAACCUGGGGAAUUUAAAAUAAAAAUCUCAGAUGUCCUUUCUGGAAACAACAAGGAAUUAAGUUCAGGUCUAGCAUCAAAGAAUGUGGCAGAUGGGCAGAAAAUCAUAACAUUAGAUACAGCAACUGAAAUAGAAGGCUUAUCCACAGGCUGUAAGGUGUAUGCAAAUAUCGGUGAGGAUACCUAUGACAUAGUCAUCCCUGUGAAGGGUGAUUCUGAGGAAGGGGAAGCCAAGCCUGAUGACACACCCAAAAUGUCUGGUGAUGAAUCUCCAAAGGGGAAACGUAUGAAAGUAAAGCAUGAUGACCACUACGAGCUCAUCGUGGAUGGCAGGGUCUACUACAUCUGUAUUGUGUGCAAGAGGUCGUACGCAUGUCUGACGAGCUUGCGGAGACAUUUCAACGUCCACUCCUGGGAGAAGAAGUACCCAUGUCGCUACUGUGACAAGGUUUUUGCUCUUGCAGAAUAUCGUACCAAGCAUGAACUUCACCACACCGGGGAGCGAAGGUACCAGUGCUUGACAUGUGGCAAAUCUUUCAUCAACUACCAAAUUACGGUCUCCCACAUCAGAUCAGUUCACAGCCAAGACCCUUCUGGCGACACGAAGCUGUACCGGCUGCACCCCUGCAGGUCCCUGCAGAUCCGGCGGUACGCCUACAUCAGUGACCGCCCCAGCAGCGUCCCGGGGGUGAACGAGGGGGGAAUUGUCUAUCGUGUUGGCUCAGGGAAGGAUGGCACUGAAGGAACAUCAUCCAACCCUCCAGCCAAACAAAUUACCUGGGAUGACAUUUUCGUUCCGCAGGGAAAUGAAACAAUUUUUAAACAAAACCCGUCAGAGGGAAGUACUGAAUUUGAGUUUGUGAUACCAGAAUCUUACUGAAAUGUUUGAAAUGCUGGAAAAAGGAUUCAGCGCGAGAGCAUUGCAGCUGUUUUAACUGAACUGUUCAAAUUGCUGUAAAAUCAAAGGUUAAAGUCAAAAGAAAUGAACUUGUUCUAUCAUGUAAUCAAAUGGUAGUGCUUAGAUGGACCAUGUUAAAUGCAGUGAUUUGUGGAAGCAAUUAAUCAGAAAUUUUACUUUAAUAGAGAGUAAGACAUUUCUAAGGCACUACCAGUUAUGUUAAAUUUGAUCAAAACAUGAGAAUUUGUGGCUUGAAAAUGUAUAGUUCCUUCUAAAGAGCUGGAAAUAUUUCUAAAAUAACUGAGGUAUUUCCUGUACCCAUACUUACCAUCUAAACCCUUUCUUUCAUGUUAGCACUUUAAUGCUGAAUUCUGUUUAGAUGUUAACGAAGAAAACAGUAUGAUUUUUUCAUUGUGGUCAUAGAACCACAAAAAAAAAAAUCCCACAACUCACAUUUGUGAACAAGGGGUCAAAAUACAUGAUCCCCUUCUACACUGGAAUAGUCUGGUUUUGAGCUAGCAUCUUAAUUCUGCUUUUAUAAAUACUCUGAAUUAUCUGUCUUCAUGCAAAAAGUCUUGUCAACAAGCAAUACUCAAUUAGGGCUAACUUGAAUGAACUUUAGUUACACUUGGCAGUGUGGCGAGCAAAGUAUUCAGUGUCCUGGACCAUGAUAUUUUACUCUUUUUGCAAGGGAAAAAACCAAACCCCAUGAAGCUCAAUAGUGAAGAAGCUUAAAAAACUUAGGGAGGAGAUAAUGUUACCUUUUUCAUUGAGAAAUAUUGUUGCAUUUUCUUCCUGCUGGAAAAAUGCCAGUAAUUAGUUUGAUAUAAAGUGUUGCUCCUCUUUUUUUUUUUUUUUACUUCAAGA